AUGGAGCCAGGCGGAGGGGGAAGGGGGAGGGGGAGAAAAGGGGCGAGGGGGGGUAGAAGCGGUGGAGGCGCACGAGGGAGGAGAGGCAGUGCGAGGGGGGAGGCGGUGGGCGCGGUGGCGGAGGGGACUGCAGGGGCGUGGUGGGCGAUUGGGGGAGGCGCGGAGGGCGGCUAUGCGGAUGGGGGGGAAGCAGGAAGAAUCGCGGCUAGAGGAACGGGAUGGGGCGUGGGGGAGGGCGCGGAGGUCGGCGCAAGCGUGCGCGGAGCGGCAGUGGCAGCGCGGGAGGGCGGAGGGACGGGCGGAGGAGUGGGAGCGGUGGGUGGAGGAGGGGGAGCAGCGAAUGCAGCGGAGGGAUGGACAGGGGGAGGCGCGGAGGGGCGCGUAUCCCGCCGCAGGGGAGGCAGGGGGAGAGGCGCGGAUGGCGGAGCAGGCGGGAGUACGGUACGCGUAAGCGAGGGCGCGGGGAGGGGGAGGACGAGGGGUGGAACGGGGCAAGCGGACGGCAGUCGCGGGCGGGGGGUGGUGGCGCGCAGAGGGAGGGGCGCAGGUGUGGCGCGCGGACAGGAUUGGACGGGGACGGGCGCGCAUGCGCAUGGGAAUGCGCGGAUGAGAGGGGGGGACGCCGGCAGGGGGUGGGACGCGGACGGGGGAAUGGGGUACCUCGAUGGGCGGGUGAGUGGUAGAGAGGCAUUGGGAGCGGCGGAAGGGCAGCAGGGGCGUGUGGAUUGGGAGGAGUACGGAGGUGUAGCGAGGGGUAGGAGAGUGGAGAUGGCAUGGGGGGGUGAUGGCGAGGAGGAAGGGGAGCGGUGGGAUGGGGGGGGCGAGGAUUCAAACGCAAGGCAACAGAUGGUGGGUGCAGGGCGCAUGCACCGUGACCAGCUGCUGCCCCACCUGCAGCAGCAGCAGCAGCAGCGGCCGGAGGAGGAGGAGCAAUGGCAGCAGCAGCAGCAGCAGCAACGUCAGUAUGAGCAGCAAGAGCAGGUGGAGGGAAGGGGCGGCGAGGGGCAGUUUCGUGGUGCGGCAGGCGGGUGGGCGGAGGGUGGACGGCAGCACGCAUGGCAGCUUGGCGGCGGUGGGGAGGAGCUUGGGCGCACCGACGUGGGUGUGGGUGUGGACGGUGGGGGGGAUGGGGCUUGGGGGGAGUGGUACGAUGGGGAGGGUGUCGGAGCGGCAGAGGAGGACUGGGAAGGAGACGGAGGGGAGUGGGGGGAAGAGGGAGGGGAGGAGUGGGGGGGAGGGGAAGGGGAGGAGUGGGGGGGAGAGGGAGGGGAGGGGGAGGAGGACUAUGAGCUGGGCUAUGCUGCCGGCCUGGCUGCUGCUCGUGAGGCCCUCAGACAAGCGUCUGCCGCCACUGCUGCUGCACGUGCAGGUGUCGGUGCUGGCGGGGUGGCUGUUGGGGGUGCUGCUUCCAUGGGUGGGGCUGAGGGGGCAGCAGGCGGUGCGGCAGGAGGCGGCAUGGAUCUCAUGCUGCCUCACCACCCGCCCGCUGCAGCACCAGGGAGCGCAGCAGCUGCCCUGCACACACCGGAUGCUUCUCAGGUGCCCACCGCAGCAGCACCCACAGCACCAGGUGGGGGCGCAGCAGGGGGGGGCGCAGCAGGGGGGGGCGCAGCAGGUGGGGGAGCAGGUGGGCAGGAAGAGGCAGGCGGCGGCGGUGGCAGUAGGCGGCACGGCGGGGGAGGCGGGGGAGGGAGCAGGAGCGGGCGGCGGCGGCACAUGGACGUGAGUGUGAAGCGCGACAUCUGUGAGCUGCGGCGUGUGCGCCCGGGCAUCACGGUGGGGGGGAUCAUGCGUGUGUGCCGCGCCAAGUACCCGCACAUGCGCCUCAUCCCCUCGCACGUGCGCCGCAUCCUCACCAAGGCGCCCCACUGGAGCUCCACCUUGGCGCAGCGCAGCAGCAAGCGGGUGCGCGCGCCCGAGAGCAUGGCGCUGGAGGAGGCGCUCGUGGCGUGGCUGAGGGACAUGAAGGGCGGCCCGGGCGCCACCAAGGUGCAGCUGCAGCAGAUCUGCGCCAAGGGCCGCGAGCUGGGCCCGUCGUUUGGGGUGUCGCCCUCCUUCAGGUACAGCAUUGGGUGGGCGUGUCGCUUCCAGGAGCGGUGGGGGUUCUCAAAGCGGCAUGUGGAGGAGGAGAGGGAGGCGUACUUCAAUGACGACCCUGCUGCUGCCGCCGCCGCCGCUGCGGGCAGUGCGGAGCCGUCGCUGGUGGAGCUGGCUGAUGAGAUCUUUGGCGCCCAGCUCCUGGUGGCACGCACGCAUGGUGGUGAGGAGGAGGGGGAGGGGGAGGAGGGGGAAGAGGGGGAUGAGGAGGGCAGUGAGGAGGAUGAUGAGGACGAGGGACGGGAGACGUCACUGACUGCUGGCAGGGAGGUGAUCGACCUAGAGGGCGGUGAGGGGGGGGAGAGGGUCGAGGGGGGUGAGGGGGGCGACAGGCUGCAGCGGCGGCGGAGGGGCGAGGGCGGGUCAGAGGAGCAGUCACAGCAGGGCAGGGAGCAGGCAGGUGGGGGGGCAGGCGAGGAGGGCGAUGGAGGAGAGGCGGCAGCAGAGGCGGGUGGAUGGGCUGGAGGAGUGGACUUGCUGGCAGGCACGGCAAGAGGCGCCGCAAGGGAUCGGGCGAGGAAGAAGGCAGCAGGCAGGGCGGUACGCGCGGUGCAGCCGAGUCGAGAGCUGCUGGCGCUGGCACUGGCAGAGGCUGGCGUGGACGGGGAGCAGGCGGGUGCCGGCAUGCAGGGAGCAGGUGGGUCUGACUUGGAUGAUUUAGCAGAGGGAAUCAGACGGGCAGCGCCGCCAGCAGGGGCAGCGGUGAGGGGUGCAGCAGCAGCAGCUGGUGCAGCGGCAGUGGGAGGGACGUUGGUGGAUGUGGAGGCGGCAGUGGCAGCAGCAGGAGACCUCCGCCUGGACGCCCCCAGCGAUGACUCCAGUGGUGGCCACGCCCACGGUGGUGAUGGUGGUGAUGGUGGUGAUGCUGGUGAUGCUGGUAGGCGGCAUGUGGAGAGGCAGCCUGCUGCAGGGAGGGAGAAGCGGGCGCCGGGCGGGAAGGGCAAGCACCGGGCGGCAAUCAGUCUGCGGGUGAAGCGAGUGAUCUGCAUGCUGAGGGCGGCCCGCCCCGACAUGGCGCCCAAAGACAUCCACCGCCUCCUGCACCGCGCCUUCCACGCCGCCGCCCGCCCUCCCCAAGGCACCGCCCCUCCCUCUGCCGCCUCUGCCACCGCCGCUGCUGCUGGCAGGGCAGCGAGCUUGGCAGCGGGGGGAGUGGCGGCGGCGGGCGUGGAGGCGGCGGGAGUGGCGGCGCUGGACGUGGCGGCGGUGAGGCGCAUCCUGAGGAAGAGCCACGUGUACCUCGCCCUGCCCGCCCACAGCGCCUUCCGCAUCCGCCACAGCAGCGGCGCCCACCCCCAGGUGCAGGCGGCCGUGGCGGCGUGGGUGCGCGCCAUGGAGGCACGGUACGGGCGAGAGGCGGUGCGGUGGGAUGACAUUCUGGACUAUGCCCGGCAGGUGGGGCCGCACAUGGGCGUGCCGGAGGGCUUCCGGUACAGCUACCACUGGGCUCGCAAGGCGCUGCUGCGGCAUGGGCUGGGGAGUAACUGGGGCAAGCAGGUGGAGCGGGGCGGUCGGAAGAAGAAGGGGAAGGAGAGAGGAGAUGGGGGAGAGAUGUCGAUUGAUGGUAGCACCACUGAUGGUAACACGACAGAUGGAAACACCACCGACGGGCAGAGCAGUGACGGUGGAGGGACGGACGAGGAGAGGGAGGAGGGGCGCCACUCACUGCACUCUGACCGCCCUGCUGCCGCUGCCGCUCCUGCUGCUGCUGCUGCUGCUGCUGCUGCUGCUGCUGCUGCCGGGCGUGCAGGGCGGGCAGCGGGGGGAGAGGAGCAGCAGGAGGGGCCGCUGGACCGACUGCAGCGCCUGGCGGAGCAGUGGGCUGCUGAGGCACGCACGGCGGGGCAGGCGCAUGGGCGCACAGGGGAGGGGGCGGGCGGCAGGCAGCGGCGGUGGCGCCACACGGUGGUGCCGCCCGCUGUGAAGCUCGCAAUGUGCGCCCUCGCCCGCGCCCUCCCCUCCCUCCCCUCCAGGGCCAUCGCCCGCGCUGUUGGCGCCAGGUACGGCAUGAGGCUAACGAAUGUGUCGUUGCCAGCGGUGCUGCUGAGGGAGGACGACUGGAGGCACCUCGUGCAGCGCGCCCACACUGCCAGGCCGGGCGCCGUCACACUCAGAGGCGCUGAGUCCCGCCUCGAGGAGGCUCUUGCGCUCGCAGUGAGGAAAGCUAUAGCGAGGAUGGAGGAGGACAGGCGAGCUGCAGGGGGCGAGCGGGGGGAUGAGCGAGGGGGCAGAGGGGGGCGAGGGGCGGUGCAGCAGCAGGUGUCAGUAAGGGCGGUGCAGGAGUAUGCGAGGCGGCUGGCGCCGCUGGUGGGGGUGGGUCGCGGAUUCACGUGCAGCGUGGGGUGGGUGCAGCAGUUCAUGCAGCGCUGGGGGUUCCACCCUCCUGGGGGCACUGCAGGAGGCGGUGGUGGGGCGAGGGGGCAAGGGGGCCGGCUGGGUGGGAGGAGAGGGGAGGAUGGUCGGACAGAGGAUGAACUUGAAGAAGGGGGAGGGGAGGAGGGGGAGGAGAGUGAGGGGCAGGGAGGAGUGAGUGCGAGGAUAAGGGGGAUACUGGACGAGCGGUGUGAAGUGCGGCAGGAGGAGGUGGCAGCGCUGGUGGCAGUGGCAGAGGAGCAGCGGGAGAGGCGCGCUCAGAUCAAGGCGAGUGGGCGCCGGCUGACGGACGUGCGCGAGGAGGAGUGGAUAGAGGAGUGGCGGCACGAUGGUGCUGGUGGGCGGUGCAGGGCGGCAGGGGAUGGGAUGGAGAGUGAUGGGGGGGAUGGGGGCGUGACUGGAGACAGCGAUGGCGCCUUGGACGUGACGGACAAUGAUGGUGCUGGUGGUUUUGACACAGACACUGACCUUGACCUGCCCGCCGCUCAUGCCCAUACCAACCCCCGUGCUGCUGCCACUGCUAAUGCGUUUACUCCUUGUGCCCCUCCUGCCAUCACUGCACAACGUGCUGUACAUGUUGCUGCUGCUAAUGCUGCUGCCACUGCCACUGCCACUGCUGCUACUGCUGCUGCUGCCCCGACGCAUGCCCCCAUCACCCCGCCACCUCAAGUGAGCACCCUGCUGGCGUCACUGGCCGGCGUGCGGGUGGCAUCUGCCGCCCAGGCCGCCCCUCAGCUGCAGUGUGCGUGGGCUGCCCUUGCAGCAGCUACGCCGUUCCCCCGGCAGCUCACAGCGCACCGCGCGGCAGAGGUGGCGCGCGCAUGGCGCCGCCUUGAGAGGUCCCGCGUGCUGCUGUGGGAGGGGGGUGCUGGGAGCGAGGGGGGUGCUGGGAGCGAGAGCAAUGAGAGCAUGAGCGUAGAGGAAAUUGGAGGGAUGGGCAGCAGCAUGGAGGAGUGGGAGUCGAAGGAGGGGAUAGUUGGCGCGGUGGCAGGGAGGAGCGCAGGAGGGGGCAUGCCUGGUGGCCGAGGGAGGAAGAGGAGGAGGAGCGGGGAUGAGCAGGACGGUGUGGUGGCAUCACGGGCUGGGGCAGCAGCAGCAGGGAGUGGAGCAGCAGGUGGAGGGCGGUUGGCAGGAGGCGGGCAGGGGUCAGCGGGCAUGGCAGCACCGCUGCUGGCCCCGGAGCUCAUAGUGGCGGCGGCCCUGCGAGCUGCUCUUGCUCCCCACCCCGUGCCCGCCCACCCCAUGCCCGCCCCGCCUGCUGCCCACGCCCUGCGCUUCCCGUUCCCCCACGCUGCGCCACCCGCCACAACCGCACUGCACUCCCUUGCACAGCUGCUUGCAUCUGCUGGCUUGCCGUCGGGCCUACUCCCUGUCGCCAGGCCAUACGGCCCUGCCUGGGGCCAGCACCUACUCACUGCGCCUCGCCCUUCCUCCCACGUUGCUCCCUCUCUGCCAACGCCACCUCCCCCCCGGUCGCUCACUGCGCUCCUCACUUCAAUCACGUCCAACCAACCACCUCCCUUCACCACACCUGCGCCUGCUCCCGCCAAUGCCUCUAUGGCAGCACGAGCAGCUGCUACUGAACCUGUGCCAUCUGCUGUUGCCACCGCAACACCUUUUCCUGCUGCUGCUCCCGUUGCUCCUUCUUCUGCUGUUCUUGCUCACAACGUUUCCACUCCCGCUGCCGCUCCUGCGUCUGCUCCUCCUAUUCUUUCUGCUAAUUCUUCAGCCCCCACGCAUGCACCUCACCAGCCCACGGCAGCAGCAGCCCGCGCGCGCGCGCUUUGCCAGGAGGACACACGUGCAGCAUUCACACGCCCCGCUAGCCAGGGCGCACCCCGCUAG